AUGGCUAAUACGGGAUGGUCGGCUGAGGUUACUAAAGCGCCUGCUGUAUCUCAAUCACCACCACUCAAGAGGAAGUUGGUUUCUUUUGACCCGUCAUCGUCGUCAUCCCGCAGCUUUCGUUGGGGAAACUCUCCAUACGAAGGGCAAUUUGUCAAGCUCUAUUUCGACGGCGCUGUUUUCCAAGUUCCAUUCACUAUGAUCCCUCGCAGCAUCACCGACAAGUAUCCGGCCCUGGAAACAGAGAACGACUGUAUUACAAUCACUGGGCUGAACCAGCGACAUGGACAUACCAUAGUCCAUUUCUGGCACACGGGAAACUACCAGUGGAUCGUACCUAGAGUAGGACAGGGUCUUUUAAACAGCAAAGAGGUCAAGUUCAAAGACGCUCUGAGAAUCUAUGAGUUCGCUACAAGCCACUCAAUCAACCAACUGGCCUCCUUCGCUUUCAACCACGUUAAAGAAAUCGGCAACUCCUUGAAACUCUCCAAGAUGCUCAUCAUGAUGCACGAGAACAACUUCGAUCUCCACAACAAAGAAGAGAGACUGGUCGAGUAUCUCAUGGAACAAGUACGUCUACCAACAGUGAAAAUUGCACAGAAAGAUAUCGAUAAGGUUGAGAUGGCUAUUCCCUCUCGCAGCGUAUCGUCUAUCAUGCUCCUGACCAUGCUGGGAAUGAAGCUCUCCCUACAAAAGUAUGAGGAGGACGAAUGUCGAAAAGUUUCUAUACCAUAG